AUGAUCACAUGGCGGGCCCUCGAGUCGGUCGAGCCCCGCCCACUGUUUGUCGACCCCUUUGCGGCAGCCCUGGCCGGCAGCGACGCCGUGCACCAGGCGCUGCAGCUGGCGCAGCCCUUCCCGCAGCCCGCCGGCGCGGCGGCGGCGGCGGCAGCGGGCGAGGACGCGGCAGCAGCGGGCGAGGGGCCAGCAAGCUCGCGCGCGCCAGCGCAGCGCCGCUACCGCUUCUCCAAUGUCGCCGCCCGGGUGUGCUGGUUUGACCAGCAGCUGGCGGCUGCGCUGGCCGCUCCCGCGGCGCGGCCCGGCCAGCAGCCGCGGCAGGUGGUGGUGCUGGGAGCGGGCUACGACUCCCGGCCCUGGCGCCUGCGCCUGCCACCCGGAGUGCGCUGGUUUGAGCUGGACCUUCCUCAGGUGGCGGCGGCGAAGCGGGAGCUCCUGCAGCAGCUGGGCGCAGGGCUGGAGGCCUCCCAGCCGGCAGCCCACCCGCUGCGGGCCGCCUCCUGGGCAGGGCUGGCAGGCGACCUGUGCCAGCCGGGGUGGUCGGCGCAGCUGGUGGCGGCGGGGCUGGACAGGCGGCGGCCCACGGUGUGGGUGCUGGAGGGGCUGCUCAUGUACCUCACGCCCAAGCAGGCCACUGUGCUGCUUCAGGAGAUGGCAGGCAUGUCGCCUGCCGGCAGCUGCAUCAUCCUGCACCAGUCUACCACCGACCUCGUCGAGCUGAUUGGGCAGGGCGCAGCCACCUAUGCACCCUUCCCACCUGAGCUGGUCGCCACCUGGCACAGCAAGUUUCCCGCCGCCGACCGCCGCCCAGCGCUGGCCGCCCUGCUGCGGGCCGCGGGCUGGCCGCGGCUGCGGGAGGUCACCAGCCGGGCGCGCAUCGCGGCGCACAUUGUCGCCAGCCACGGCAUCGGCGGCGGCGGCGGCGGCGGCGGCAGCGGCGGCGGCGAGGCAUCGGCGGCAGAGCCCACCCCGGAGGAGGUGGCGGUGCAGUGCGACUUUGAGACGAGCGUGGACGAGGGGCAGGACCGGUGGGCAGUGUUUGUGGUCGCGGGGAAGUAG